UGCAUUAAAGGGGUCCUUUCGUUGUUGACGUAGUUAGCGCCAGCUGUCAAAAGCUAGCUACAAUUGAAUCUGUCCUUGCAAGUUCUUUUUAAAAUAUUUUAUCAUUCGUUUUGUAUACUCCAAUCUUUGAUGAGGCAUCACUCGAAAGUUACUUGAACUUAGCUUAAAAAGUUGCGCAUAUAUCAGUUUGACUUUUUUGUGUCCUUUUGUCUCGGAUAACUAGCUAGCUAUCUAGCCUCUUGUUAGCUCCCGUAAAAUCUGGUGUGGACAGGCUUUGCUUUGCAGAGGGCUUCUCGUGUUUAGAAUUCAUUGUAACCGUUUGGGAAACGAAGUUUCUGAAGUAACCAAGCGACUGAAAGGAUCAUGCAUUUUCUAAGUGGCUUACAGCAAAUACGUACAGCUUUAAAUCGUGCUUUUUUGUAAUUAGAAGGUUUUACCAGAUAUUUAAGUAAGUAAAAUCAUUUAGAGUUUAAGUUGAAUGCAUGUGUUAUUAUCUGGCAUCGUUUUUUGUAUUAUAAACGGGAUAUUUACCAUAUACGUGGUAUAGUUGUUAAUCGUUGUCAGAAAGAUUUGUUUCAACAACAAACAUGGACAAGAAGUCAUUUGACAUCGUCUUGGAUGAAAUAAAAAAGUGUGUCCUCACCGACCAGCGGAUCAGAGCCAUUGAGCAGGUGCAUGGAUAUUUUUCAAGUGAACAGGUGAUGGAAAUCCUGAAGUACUUCUCCUGGGCAGAGCCUCAGAUCAAAGCGGUGAAAGCUCUGCAGCAUAAAAUGGUUGCAAUUUCUACAACCAAUGUUGCCAAUAUCCUGAACUGCUUCACCUUCUCAAAGGACAGACUUGUUGUCCUGGAACUGAUAGCUUUAAAUAUUUCAGAUGCACAAAAUUAUCGUCCGGUGGAGGACCUGUUUCGUAUACACUUGUCUGAAAAGAAGCGUGCUCGAAGGAUACUGGAACAGGUUUGUAAGGUUGGAUGCAAGGCUCCCAUAGAAAUGAUCUCGUCCUGUGGAAUGAUACCGGGAAAUCCGUAUCCUAAAGGCAGACCCAGCCUUGUCACUGGGACGUUCCCUGGAAUUCCUCCAAUUAAAAAAGAAGGAGAGAAGAAAGAGGACUCUAACAACAUGGAGGGGAAAGGAAUUGCUUCCCGCAUUAUAGGACCAUUCAAGCCUUUUCCGUCCUCCUACAACCCUCAUCGGCCGGUUCCUUACCCAAUACCACCUUGCCGACCUCAUGCCACCAUUGCUCCGAGUGCGUACAACAACGCAGGCCUUGUUUCUGUGGGAGGGGUAAUAACAGCCAACGUGCCCCCUCCCCCCUACAGCGCUACCCACAAAGUAGCAGGUUAUGCCAAACCAGGCAAUCCGCAGAACACCACACCCGGAGUCAACAGUGGGCCCCUUCUCAUUCCUCAUGGCUCUACGCCCUCUACUCCGGUCCCCCCCCAGUCUUCACCUGCUCAGCCGACUCCCACUACCCCCAUCACACCAGUCUUCCCAGGCAUGGUGCCCUCACACAACCCUAAUGCCCACUCACCCUCACCAGCCCCAUCUCCAUCAGUGAUCAAAGUGGGCCCGCAGACCCCCACUGGCCAUGCCACACCCACUCCUAUGUCUGUCAUUAAACCCCACACCCCCUCAGGCACCCCUUGUGGAACCCCUGUCCCCGGCAGUGGGGGCUUCUGUCCCUCCCCCUUCACCGCCCUUUCCCGACCAGGCACCCCGGCUGCUUCCCGGAGCAGCCAAGACUCUCUCUCUCAGACGAGCUCCAUGGCCUCAGCUCAGCAGAGGGCUUUUUCCCAGCCCGCAGACCACCAGUCAGGACCAAACUUCCUUGGCAUGCACCCGCAAGCAGGUAACUUUCCUGGAUCAGUGAUUCGAAGCUACACACCGUCUGGACCCUCAUCUCUCAAUCCGGGAUCUUCCACCCCAGUGAUUCAGAGCUGCUCCACCCCAGGCCCCAGUCCGAAGCCCUCCCCUGUUCAUCCGGCUCAGGCCGUUGUAGCCGGAGCCCUAAACAGACACUCUGGGGGUAGUAACAGUGGCAGUAGUAGCCCUGUACCCUCGGCUUUCAAAGGAACCUCUCGUUCUGGUACGCCAUCCGUCGGCUCCCUCGUGGCCCCAGGCUCAGCUCAGGCCGCCCUGGCGCGCUCACUGGGUCUGUCGAACAGUUCAGUUUCGCCCCAAGUCUCUCUCCCUAGUCCUGUCGCCAUCACUGGCCUCCAAGCGCUUUCCUCCAGCCCAGUACAAUCUCAUUUUCCAGGCAUGUCCCCUUUUUCAACCCUGUCGUCCUCCCUUCCUUCUGCCUCCAUCAAUUCAACUGUUCCAGCAGUUUCUCCUACCACCAGCAUGUCUAACCACCCCCCCACCUCCAUCUACCCAGGGUUGGCUCCCAAUGCCCCCAGUGCAGCCUCCCCUUUUGGUCUAGGCCUCACCUCCGCAGCCUCUAUAUUCCCAGGCCUUCCGCCUGGAGCCAGCCCCUCUGCGUUCCCAGGGCUGGGCGUCUCAGCGGGGCAUGGUUCUGGGAGCCCUGUGUUGUCUUCAUUCAUGGGACUCUCAGGAGUCCCUCCAUCCUCAGUGGCAUCAGUGGCCCCGCUGCAGGCAGCAGCAGCAGCCGCGGCCGCUGUUGGGGUUCCCUCGUCAUCACCGGUGUUACCAGGGUUUGCAUCGGCCUUCAGCUCCAGUUUCCAGCCAGGGUUGAGCAGUGGACUUCAGCCUCCAGGAAGUAGUGGGUUUCCUGGCUUGCUGUCGUUCCCUGCAGUAGCGGGCUUCUCUCCCUCUGCCUCCCCCGGGGCUCUUGGAGGCCUCCAUAACCCAACCAUGCAAUCAGCUCUGCUGCAGGCACACCCUGCAUCUGCUUUGGAAAGCUUUCCUCCUCAACCCAACAGUUUCCCCAGCUACCCUCCGGGGCCAGGAAAUCCUUUCCCACUCCAGCCAGGACUACACCCACAGCUGGGUUGGCAGUGAAGCCUACAUUUACACUUGACGCAUUGAGUGGACUUGCCCGCUGACCUCGGUGGUUCACCCUGCCACACCACCUAGAAGGUGCCACAUUGUUAGCUUUGAACCCUGGAAAGCACAGGAUAACAGUACCAUUACUUAGAAUGUUGCAGGAAAACGGCUUCCUACCAUAAGAGACACUACCUUGGAUAAGUAGGUGGGGGGGCAUACUUGUCGUCAAAGAUGUUGGGUUUAACAGAUGGGCUGUCUGGAUGCAACGUUUGGUAGUUUUUAAUCAUGCUUAUGAACAUUUAUUAAUCAAUAAUGAAUUAUAUAAAAUUCUGAAAACAAAGAGAUUUGACUUUACUGUGACAUACUACUUGGCAUCCUGCUCCACAGGAAAGGAAAGAGCAAAUUAAAUGAUCUCCCUGAAUUUGUGGUUAUACUGUGACAUGAACCUUUUCAGUGACUUACAGUUUACUGUACAUAGUUGCAUUUUCACAUGGAUUUGCCAUAAAUAUUUUUUAUUAACGUGCUCUAUCAGGGGUGGAAAUGUUCUUGGAAAUUGCAUUUGGCAGCUUCUCUCUUGUUUUGUUAUUUGUUUGAACAAUUUUUUGGCUUUGAGCCUUUUACUGUGAGAUGUAUUUAGUCUGUUUACAAGUCCCCCCCUCUGUUACUGCAGUAUUUAAUUUUACAUACUGUACUUGAGUGUUUUUCUGACUACACAUCUAUUUUUUUUAACAGAUUGAUGGACUUGAAGGAUACAGUAGUUUAUAGCUAUAUUCUUCAUUUAUGUCUGACUCAAGGGAAAACUGUACUUGCUAAAUUUAUUGUACACAAUUGUACAGGGAAGAACUCUGGUACUGUUACCUGAUUGGUUGAGUGUAAUACUCCCCCUCCCUUUUUGUGUUUUUGUAUUUGCAUCCAUUCUUAUAUCCCAGUAAACUGCUUGUUGCUGUAGGUAUUACUGUAUUGGUAGUCGUAUGUGAAACGCUUUGGAUAAAUUUACUGGAGCUGGAUGAAUUGCUGACACAAAGCUUGUUUGAAUCAUUGAUAAUUAUGAAAACAACCAGAUGUGAGAUACCAGAUUAUGUUUCUCUUUUUAAGAUAUAAAAAUAAAACGAAAGAAAUGUAACCUGCUUAAACGUUAUUUCUUUAAA